CUUGGGAAUCAGGUGCGUGUGGACCUGCAGCCCCAAGCCAUGUCCUGCUGCAACCCGUGCCAGCCCUGCCAGCCCUGUGGCCCGACCCCGCUGGCCAGCAGCUGCAACGAGCCCUGUGUCAGGCAGUGCCAGAGCUCCAACAUCGUCAUCCAGCCCUCCGCCGUGGUGGUGACCCUGCCCGGCCCCAUCCUCAGCUCCUUCCCGCAGAACACCGCCGUGGGCUCCUCCACCUCCGCUGCCGUUGGCAGCAUCCUCAGCUCUGAGGGAGUGCCCAUCAACUCCAGGGGCUUUGACCUCUCCUGCAUCACCAGCCGCUACUGCGGCAGCAGGUGUCGCCCCUGCUAAAGGUGCUGGCAACAGCUUUGGGCAAGAACCUUCAGGACCUCAGAACAUGGACCGGAGAUGGAGCUCCGUGCCAUUGGCCCCUUCUUCCACUCAGCCUUUUUGCCCUCUUCCCUUUGCUGUCGCUGCCUCCCAGCACCAGCGUGGCUGGCACCUGUUGGCCUCCCUCCCUCUGCAGGGCAGGCAGACGGACACCCUGCAGGAGCUCCACCGCACCUCAGCGGCUGCCCCUGGCGCUGCCUCGGAGCCACCUCCUUUUCUUCUUUCGACUCAUUAAAGUCGUGCUGCAUCCA